GAUGGCUCAGUGCUUAAGAGCGCUUGUCGCUCUUGCAGAGGACAUGGGUUCGGUGUCUGGACUCACAUGGUGAUCAGGGGAUCUGACACCCUCUUCCGAACUCCGAGGCCACCAGGCAUGCACACGGUGUACACAGACAUACAUGCAGGCAAAACACUCAUACAUGUAAAAUAACCUAAAGAGAACCCCAGCCAGUCCUGGCCACGCCUCUCUCAAGCCCAUGUUUGUCUACUCUCUUAGUUUGGAGCAAUGGCUUUUCCAAGCCCCGCCCUCUACCUUUUGGUCCUGUUUCCGGCUGUCACCUUUUCCUCAUUGACCUCCUUGUGGCUCUUCCAAUACAGUAGCCCUGGGGUGGGGUGGGGGUCCUUUGGACUAGCUGUCCUCUCUGCCUAGACUGCUGACACCCUCACAUCCCGUAAUUAUUUGUCAAAGUGAGGUCUACCCGGGCCAUUCUAUUUAAACCACAAGCUGCGCACCCUGAGAAGCCCGUGCUCUAUUUCCCCAGGCAAUUUUCACCUUGUAACAUUUUCACUCUAGACGAUACUAUUAAUUGAAGAAAAGUUGGUAAACAACAACAAUAACGAAGACCCACUGCACCCCACAAGAAACCAUCCAGCGCAACUCAAAGCAGGGUGUAGCCUAAUGCUUCUCUCUCUCCAUUGUGAGGUCAGGCAGGGGAGGGACCUCAGAGCUGAGACCUAAAUGUCAAGGAGCCCUGAGGCUAGCGGUGGGGGUAGGGUGAGAAGAAAGGGCCCCCUCUGGACUUCAGGAACUGCAAAGCAGAGGGUGAGGUGAGAACCCACAAGCUCCUGGGCAGGCAUUUGAACGCAUUUGCCUUCAAGGGCUUCUGGGAAUCCCGCCUGCUUUCCCGCGGUCCUCCCUGCAAGCCUUUGGAUGGACAGACACCAGGCUUUUCUGAUAAGUGUGUCACCAACAAGACCCCACCUAGAAAGUGUGAGACCGUGUGCAGCUUCUCCUUCAUUAUAUGACCCCUGCCGGUUCAGCUGCUCUCUAAGGAGCCGUGGCGCAAGAGAAUUGGUUUUUGAUAUCCAGGUUUUUUUGUGUGACCAGUACCUGACCUUUGAGAUGAAUGGCAAGGAAGACUAGUCAGUCUCCUUCACAGAUGAAGUCUGAGAGCUGCAGUAGGAGCCACAGGACUGGGCUGCAGGCCUUCUGAGCUACCACCCCUCUCUCUCAGCCAUUCUGGUGGGAGCCAUGAAGCUGAACAAGAGGAGUGUGGCCCACUAUGCUCUGAGCGAUUCUCCAGCGGACCACACUGGCUUCCUUCGUACUUGGGGAGGACCAGGGACCCCUCCUGCUUCCGGUGGUGCUGGCCGGAGAUGCUGGUUUGUUCUCAAGGGCAACCUACUGUUCUGUUUCGAGAGCAGAGAAAGCCGGGCUCCUCUGAGCCUGGUGGUAUUGGAGGGCUGCACGGUGGAGCUGGCUGAGGCUCCUGUGCCCGAGGAAUUUGCCUUCGCCAUUCGCUUUGAUGCCCCUGGAGUGCGCCCGCACCUGCUGGCCGCGGAUGGCCAGGUUGCCCAGGAGGCCUGGGUGAAGGCCCUGUCCCGAGCCAGCUUUGGCUACAUGCGACUUGUGGUACGAGAACUGGAGAGCCAGUUGCAGAAUGCCCGGCAGAGCCUGGCCUUGCAUCGCUGUGCAUCCCAGAAGUCUGUUGCCAGCUGCAGUAAGCCUCAGCCUCCGGACCGGCGGGCUCCGGGCCCUGAGAAUGGCCACCUUCUCCCCAGGGAACGAAACUCCAAUGGUUCUGUGGAAGAAAGGGGGAGCAGGCCAGUGGGUCGGGAUUUGACUGAGUGGGAGUUACAGGGCCCUGCCAGCCUCCUCCUAAGCCGGGGACAGAGCCCUGUGUCCCCUGAGACCUCCUGUUUCUCUACCCUGCAUGACUGGUAUGGGAAGGAGAUUCUGGAGCUGAGGCGAGGAUGGCAGCAGAGGGCCAGUGGGAGCCAGCCGGAGAGCAAGCAACAGAACAGCCCCUGAGGCAGGACCUCUGAGCUGUGGCCCUGUCCUGCUGGUUGGGAUGCUGGGGUCGGUACUUCAGGAGUUAAAUGUUUACUCACUUCCCAUGGUGUGUGUGUGUGUGUGUGUGUGUGUGUGUGUGUGUGUGU